GGUGCUGUUCGACUACCAGCCCGCCGAACCGGAAAUGUGGCUCUACCUCUGUGCGCAGCAGAUGCCGCCUUGCCGCUACGGUGGUACCAUGGUCCCGCUCAUCGUGCCCUGGCCUGGCAUGGAGACGCCGCCGCAGGUGGUGAAGGCCUACGAGGACUCAACCUGGCGCCGCGAGGACAUGAGCUUCCUGGAGUUCUGCCGCAAGACCAACAAGGAUGGUCGCAUCGCCCACUGGGUGGUCAAGCUCCACAAGGCAUCGGGGGAUGUGCAGCCCGCAGACGACGAGGCCACCAAGCUCCGCAAGCUACACGACUUCGCCAACGGCUGCCCCAUGAAUGGCGAGAAGCUAGUGGCCUGCGACAUGCUCUCACUUUUCAACGACCGGUGGUUCGGGCAAUGGUUGGCUCUGCGGCAACCAUUCCGACGUCUCAGCGACCUCAUGCUGUCCGAGGCGCAAGACAAGGUGCCGCCACAGUACGUCCACUUCACCAACGCAAUGUUGCAGUGUCCGGAGUACUGGGAGAACGAGGAGCAGAUCCGUGCAGAUCUAGAGCUCGAAGCAGUGGGCAAUGCCAAGAUCGAGACGAUCCUUGCCAAGGUUCGAGCGCAGCGGGCCUUAGUCGAGAAGUUCCUCCGCGGCUUGCUCGACAAAGAGGAUGAUGAUGGCACACAGGAGGCACUGCGGGAAGUCGGUUUGCUCCCCGACGAGGAGGAUCCCAUGUUCAAGGAUGUCCACUUCAAUGAGAGGCAGGAGCGGCUGGAGAAGAGCAUCUGUAAGCUGCUGGACACGGCGAAGGCGGCGAGGGAGGCACCGAACGAAGUGGAGUGGGACCGCAUCGUGGAGGAAGCCAAGAGGCAGAACAAGCCGCAGGCAGUGACUGGCCCUCCAGGCACUGGCAAAACCACGGUGGUUGACAAGUGCGUCCGCCGGUGCUUGCGACAAGGUGGCCGAGUCUUGUAUGCACUGCCAACCGCCCAGCAGGCAUCUAGAGUCCGGAGCAAGCACCCCCAAGCGGAUGUGGACACUUGUGCCGGUGCCUUCUUCCUUUACAAGGAUUCGGUGGAGGUGAUGGACUGCUUGACGCAGUACGACAUGAUCGCAGUCGACGAGAUCUCCCAGCUCUCCCAGAAGGACUUCGAGCGCAUCGUCCAGAUGUGGGAGGCGGCAGAUCGGGUUCCCGUCCUCGUCUUCGCAGGUGACUUCUGGCAGCUCCCAGGUGUGCAGCCUACCAAAGCCACGGACAGCCCGAAGUGGCAUAUGGUGCACCAGAUCGAGCUCCACGAGAUGUGGCGCUGCAAGGACGAGACGUUGCGCCAGAAGCUCGUCGCACUGCGGACCGCGAUGCCCACGAAGCAGCUCCUGAAGCGCAUCGCACUUCGGCACAAGGCAUGGUCCGGUCAUCGGAAGCCAACGGCUUGGGACAUGCAGCAGCUGUACCGCAAGGUACCCCACACCACGAUUGCCACCUGUACCCGAAGAGCAGCUGCCCACGUCAAUGACCUCUCCAUCUGGGUGCUCUUCACCACGCAGCGGAAGCGGCAACUGGCCGACCUCAAGGUCGAUUGGGAGUCGAAUGCGGACAACUACGACGAGGGGAACAACGUCAUCACAGACCGACCGCCAGUGCCCCUGUCCAUGAAGGUCUACAAGAACCUUCGCGUGCAUCUGACUCGCAACGUGGACAAGUCGUCGGACUUCAUCAACGGCAUGGAGGCCACUGUCAAGAGCUACGACCCGAACUCUCGCUGCCUCCAUGUGCUCACCAAGACGGGUCGCAACUUGGCGGUGUACCCGAUCACGGACUGGGUGGACGGCUGCGGGUACGUCACUGCCUAUCCGGUCCGCCCAGGAUAUGCCAGCACGGUGCACAAGUUGCAAGGGGCCGAGCUGGAGCAUAUCACCGUGUGGCUGGACAUUCCCUUCAUGCGAGCAGCCGGGUACGUGGCGCUCAGUCGAGUUCAGCGAGACACUGACUACCUCUUGGGCGGCAUCGUGACUCGCCGACACUUUCUCCCGGCAAUGUGA